ACACUUUGUUUUAAGUAAUUUUUAUUUGAUUAGCCUGUCAAUUUUCAACAUCCGUGUGGGAAACAUCGACCAGUAUUUGAAACUCACAGGAAUUAGCCAAUGGUUGUUUGCAUUUUUCGCGCAAGUGCAGUGGGUACAGUCGAUGUGAACAAACCUCGUGUCGUCCGAUGUGGAUGAACGAGCGGCAAAUAGUUCGCAGUGCGAAUUAAUUUCAUACAAAGACAACCGCCUGAGCUUAUGGAUAUUGACUCGUCUUAUCUAUCAUACUACACUAACAUGUGACACGCAAAGAAAAGAAAACGGCUGAAACUCUGCGAUCUGCAGGAAACAUGAACAUGUUCUAAACAUUUGCAGUAUCAUCUCCGGAGCAACUGUUCUAAGCAGACGAUACACAGUACUUACUGUUGGUCGGAUCACAAGGUCAUGGAAUUAACUGAAACCAGUGUACAAAUAAGAGAUUGUUCUAUAGACUUUAUUCCGGUAUACAUUAAACAAGAGAGUAGUGAACGUGAAACAGAUUUUAAUGAUGUUGAAAUAAUCAAUGGGGCUCAACACUUCUGUGCUAUUGAAAUCAAAGAGAGCAAAGCAUAUAGUGCGAUUAAUGACCACAAAGAAUCAGACACAAAUAACAAAAGCUACGCACAAAAUACAAGUACUUUAAAUAAUAUAAAUUCUGCAUUAAAUUCCACAGAACAAAAUGAAAAUUGUAAUAUCAAUGGUAUUUUGAGUGGAUCAACGUAUUUGCAGAAUUUGAACUAUGAAAAUGUGAAUAUUGAAAUACAAAAGCCAACAAAUGAAAUUUCAGAAGUUUUCAUUGAUCAAAAUGAACAAAUACAGACAACUAAUUACAGUAUUUCAACAAUUACUAUAGCAAGCGAACUUUUAGGACUAAACUUAAAUAUAAAAAAGGAAGAUGAAGUAGAUAAUGAAACAGUAUACACUACAGGAUGGCUAUGCAGUGUAAAUAAUGAAAAUGAUAGAUCAAACAUUUCAAAGAAUGCUAAAGAACAAGUAGAAAUUUCUACUGUGAUCGAAGCCACAAUUACUCCAUUAACAGAACAGAGGGACCAAGCACCAGAAACUGAUAAUUUGAAGAACAAGGAAAGUAAAUCUGGAAGAUGUAAAAGACAGUUGAAAAUACGAUCAUUACAAGAGUACAAGGAGAAAUUACGCAGAAAAGCAGAGUGCAUGAGAGAAAAAAGGAAAAAGUUAUACGAACAAGAAAGUGAGGAGCAACGUUUGCAGAGGUUAGCGAAGGAAGCAGCAAAAAGGCGAGAAAUGAGAAUGUAUUACGAAACGCCAGAACAAAGAAGAAAAAGAUUGGACGCAGAGGCAGCACGAAAAAGAGAAUAUAGAAUGUAUAACGAAACACCAGAAGAUAGAAGGAAAAGGUUAGACCGUGAAGCAGAAAGAAGAAGAAUGAAAAGGCUUUCGCUGUAUGCUACUGAAACACCUGAACAAAGGAGAGAAAGAUUAAACAGAGAGUCGGCAAAACGAAGAGAGGCUCGAUUGAAUCAAUACGCUAAAGAAACACAAGAAGAAAGAAAAGAAAGAUUAAAGAAAGAUGCUUUAAGAGUUAGAGAAAUGAGAUUUACUAGAUCUGCUAUCGAAACAGAAGAGGAACGUAGACAAAGGUUAGUAAAGGAUGCUUUUAGAAAAAGGGAGGUAAGAAUGCAUGGAGGUCAUUCGGUGAAUAAUAAUUUCACUGAACUUCAAACCAUUCGCAAUUUUGAAGAAUUAAACAAUGUGCAGAUAAAGGAGAAUCCAGAUAAUCAGUUAGGAGGUCAUUAUUUAAGCAACUGGAUGAUGUGGUUUCAAAACUCAUUAGCCCAACCAGUUCAAGUUGGAGAACAAAUUACUAAGUCACAAUCACAAGACGAUGCAUAAAGAUUGUUUAGUACAUUUUUAAUACUGUACAUAAAAUUUCUAAAUUUUCACAUACCAAACAGAACUAAACUACUAUUGUAUAGAAAAUUCUGUGUUUUAUAUGUUUUUCAUACAAUCUUUAUGCUUGAAAUACAAUGAAAAAGCAUAGAAAAACCGAGAUUAAUACACUGUUAAUAAAAUUUAUAUAUAUAUAAAUAAAUAAAUAUUCUUAGAGAAUAUAUUUAGUUUGUAGUAUUUAUAUACUUUGACAUCAUAUAUGGUUAUGAUUUCAUACAUUAGCGAAAAUGUAAAAAAAGUAAUGUUUAGAAUAUUUAUUAAUAGUGUAGAGAAUUUCAUGAUUAGUCAAUAAAAUACAUUCUGAAAUAUUCAGAAACCUAAAGUAUGUGAAGAUUUUCACGUACUAAGGAAUGUACAAAUCGUAAUAAAAUUAUUGUCAUGUUAUUAUGUUAUUUAAUGCGAACGAAAAAACAUUGUUGUACUGUUGAUAUUGUAAAAAUUAAAAUUAUGCGUUCGUGAGAUGAAAAAGUAAUGUUUAACAGUGCCUUUUUGUUCACUGUUUUACAAAAGUAAUUUAUAACGUGAUUUAAGCAAUUUAUACAUGUGCGCCACCUGAGCACAAGUGAAUGAUUCCAAUGAAAAUUUGACUGUCCCUUAAAAUACGUAUAUGUACAUUAUAAUGUAAUUUUUUCUACAGUUCCUUUGUAUUAAAUACUACAAGAAACA